GCUCCGGGCCCCCCGCCAUCCGCUCGGCAGGCGUCUAGUCCGUCAGUCAGUGGCAACCAAAGCCCACGAGACUGCAAAGGCCAUUGCUGGGGCCCGGGAUUCGCCCUUUCCUUUAUCCUUUUUCUUCUUCCUUCCUUCACUUAAAUCAGAUGAAUCUGUACCCAAUUCGAUAACCUACUUAUCCCGCCGCCCCAGAGGAACCUUUGUGAGGCCGGAACCAAUGUGCUCUCUGGUGCUGACGGGCGGAGGACUGAUUUGGUGAAGGACCACCAAGUGUCUGUAAACGGUUGGUCGCGACAGUUCCGGCGGGAGAACGCGUCAGUGAGGGCUUCGUCUUCGUCUUUUGAGAUGCACCGACAGAAUUUCCGACCCCCGACUCCUCCUUGCCCCGGCCCGGGUGUAGGAGGUUGGGGAAGCGGGAGCAGCUUCCGGGGUACCCCGGGCGGAGGCGGAGCGCGGCCGCCAUCCCCGCGGGACGGGUACGGGAGUCCACAUCACACGCCGCCGUACGGGCCCAGGUCUAGGCCCUACGGGAGCAGCCACUCUCCGCGACACGGCGGCAGCUUCCCUGGGGGCCGGUUCGGGUCUCCGUCCCCUGGCGGCUACCCUGGCAACUACUCCAAGUCCCCCGCGGGGUCCCAGCAGCAAUUCGGCUACUCCCCAGGGCAGCAGCAGACCCACCCCCAGGGUUCUCCAAGGACAUCUACACCAUUUGGAUCAGGGCGUGGUAGAGAAAAGAGAAUGUCUAAUGAGUUGGAAAGUUAUUUCAAGCCUUCAAUGCUUGAAGACCCUUGGGCUGGCCUAGAACCAGUAUCUGUAGUGGAUAUAAGCCAACAAUACAGCAAUACUCAAACAUUCACAGGCAAAAAAGGAAGAUACUUUUGUUAACAUUUCUGAAAUUCAACUGGAAGCUCCAUUUGUCAGAAACAUCUUGGACAAAACUUUUGCUUGUAAUUAAGUUGAACCCUGACAUGGUGACUUUGAAUACUUAGUUGUGUCUUCCUUCAUCAUAUCAAGCAUUUUUGGUGUUAGAGAAGACAUAUGGUAGGAUAAUUUGCAAUAUUUAGCUCUCUGGAAGUGCCUACCAAUCUUAGAAGAUUGACAGUUUCCAAAUACUUAACAUUCUUGAUUAUAUAAUGGACAUUUGUCUUUUAAUGUUUUUCCAAUGUUUCAAAAUAAAACAUUUUGUCUUUCUAGCUAUAUUGUGCUUUUGUCAUAUGCCAAAGAAUUAUUAAAAUAAUGCUUUGUAAUCACAUAGUUUGAAUUCGUAAGUAUAUAUUUUGCAUACUACUUUUGAAAAUGAAAUAGACUGUCUUUUGUCCUGUAGACAGUUCUAUAUUUGUUCAUAGGGAAAGGGGGUAAAGGAAAAGAAUAAAGGAGAUUUCUAUUCAUAUUAUAA